CACCAAUCCCCCUUAACAUUUGGCGCUUAGUUCUAUAUUCACCCGAGUACCCCGUAGCAGUCGGAAUCUUGGUCCUUCUCGUGGCCUACUUGCACUUGCAACGACCCCACCUGUAUGUGUGCGUUGAAUGGUAGUAAUGUCCUCAUCAUACUGGACCUCUGCUCUAAGGCACUUCCCAACGACUCACAAUAUGUGGCUCUGAAGAUAUACCUGGCCGGUAAAGCGGGAAAGAAACCACAAGUUGAACAUCUACGACUGGAUCCACUGCACGGGGACGAUCACCCGGGCAAAAGUUGCAUUUGCAAGCUUUUGACUCACUUCUCCAAUAAAGGCCCGAAGGGACAAUACCUAUGCCUGGUGCAUGGACCAUUAGACAUAAGCGCAAACGAUGUAUCAAAGUGGAUUCUGGGCAGAAUGAUGGCUCUUGAAGGAAUGAAAGCAUGUAUUCGGCAGCUGCUUAUUGGCCUGGGUUUUUUACAUUCCGUACCCCGUGUUAUCGAUACCGACCUCCAGCCGAAUAACUUGCUCAUGCCCGCGCCAGAUAAAACAGCGCUCGCUAGUUUCGAAGAGAAGGAGAACAAGUCUCCAUCGCCAAAAAAGAUUUUUCAACGAGCGGAAAAUUUAUACCUCGCCAUUCUUCCCAUGACGCAAUGGGAUACCCCUUUUAAGUGACUUUGGUGGGGCUCGAGUUGAUGACGGAGAGGAGCAUGGAGAAAUCAUCAUGCCAAAUCCCUAUCAAGCAACGGAAGUGAUCCUCAAGGCAAACUGGGACCGCGAGGUGGAUAUAUGGAAUGCUGCCAUGAUUGUACGUGCGUUUAAGCCCUUUAAUACUAUGCGGCCAUUAACCUCGUCACUCAUUGAAGGCCUGGGAUAUUGUCUGC